AUGAGGCGACCGGCACGCCUCGCGCUCCUCGCGCAAGUCGGCACGGCUGUGGCCUCCACCCUUGUCCCAAGAUGGGGCCAUGCCGUAGCCUACCUCUCCGACCCCCCAGCCCUCCUCAUCCAAGGCGGCAAGACUGACGCGUCGUCCGUCUACACGUACUCGUCUGCGCCCAAUUCGGCCGAUAGCAUUGUCGUUGCGCUAGACAGCGGCUUUGACACUUCGUCCCCGCCGGCAACGCUCGUCUCCGACUCUGGACCAAACUAUACCUGGCACUGCCUCUCUCCGCUCGGCACGGCGUCCGGAGUAACCCAGCUCCUUUCAUUUGGAGGAGACGGCGGAUGGUCCCUCCAAUCCGACACCACCGCGGACUCGGCCUGGCUGUUUGACAUUGAUUCAGGGUCGAGCAACUAUACCUUUACGCACGAAGCUACAGGAUGGGCAGACCAGCCCACUCGUCGCAUCCAGCAGUCGUGCGCCGCUGCUAACGGUACGGUCUACAUUACCGGCGGUGUCAGUAACGAUGGCUCCAACACGGCAUACAGCGACGCAUAUGCGUUUAGCACGUCCACCUCGUCGUUUGCUGCUCUCGCUUCAUUACCUAUUGCCUUGUACCACCAUGUCUCGCCCCUCCUCUCCAACGGCACCCUCCUUGUCUUUAGCGGCGUGUACAUCUCGACCGAGACCUCCAACCCUACCCUCUCGCCUCUUUCGACCAUCUACACGCUUGACACGACGUCGUCGACUGCGACAUGGCAGACGAUCACUGUCCCUGGUACAGUGCCCAUUCCGCGUCGUGGUGCAUCCGCAACCCUGAAUGCCGACGGCACCAUCUUCAUCUUUGGCGGUGCCGAUGUCGACUUUUCGCAAGUGUACGGCGACGGAUGGGUGUUCAACCCGACAACCCUUGCGUUUACCGAAGUGUUGACCUUGUCGUCCGGUCCCGGUGCGCGCUUCGACCACAGUGGCAUUUCCGUUGGCGACGAUCAGGUCCUCGUCUUUGGAGGUUACGCCGUUGGUGCACCCGCAGACGCCGACAUUCACAUUGUCAGCGUGUCCUCUGGCGCCACAACGACUGUCAACCCUUUGUCCGGUGCUACGGCCACCACGACUACGGAUCCCACCGCGUCGACUGUUACCUCGUUUACUCCCAGCUCCAGCACUGCCAGUGGCACAGCUGCCCUUCAGACUGCUAGCGGGGUAGUGACUGAUGCAAGCGGGGCCACCAUCACUGGCUCUGUCGGCGGCGCCGACUCGCAGACGGAAGGCGCAGACGACGGGUCCGUGUCCACAACCACCGAGACACCCGUCGCCACAUCCGGCGACAGCCACCGCGAUGCCCUGUCGACCGCCCGCCUCAUCGCCUUGAUCACAACUGUGGGAGGCUCCCUGGCCCUCAUUUUCUUGGUCCUUCUACUUCUUCUCUGGCGCCGCCGUCGCAGGAGGCAACUGUCUGGACGCGGUGACCAAAGAGUGUACACUGAAAAGGGCGAGGGCAAGAUCAGCCUCAUCACCGACGCAGAGUCUGGACCGGACCACGACAUUCGCCCUCCUGAGCCUACACACUCGCGUUCAAAGGAGGCCAUUACUGCGCUCGGUAUCGGGCUUGGUCGCGUAGCCACCAAGAUUCACCGCAAGGUGUCUGGCGGUCCCAACGAAGAGUACUCUGUUCUCAAGAACGAACCGCCCAAGCGCCGUUCCACCCGCCGAGUUGGCCAAGGAAUCCGUCUCAUUGGCGUUACACCCGACAUUGACGACCAGUCGAGCGACGAGGACGACUAUGCCCGGCCGAGCGCGGCAUACAUGAACGGCUCCCGCCGCGAAAUGCUCCUGGACGAGGACACACGGCGUUUCUCUGUCGAUGCGGCUCGCCGCUUCGACUCCAUCCCCGAAGAGGAGGCCUCCCUGUGGAAACGCGAUUUUGCGAUUGAUGGUGGAGACCUCACAACGUUCAUCAAGGGUGGACCUGUCCCCACCCCUGUCGACUCGCUUCGUGGAGCACCGCUCAACACGCCCAACGCGUCCAUGCUCGAGGUCAACGCUCUGGGACUGAACCGCUACUCGUUUGCCAACCGCAGUAUGGACAGCCUCACACCGUCCGAUGCCAUUUCGUCUCGGGGCGCAAAGGCGAUUUCCAGGUUUUUGGGCGAGUUCUCUGAGCCUCCUUCACUCGAGCUGGACCCGUUCCUUGUUGCCAUUGCCAACGGUGGUCGCCUCGCUGGCAACUCGGUACCAUCGUCCGCCCACCACGGGACCCAGAGUGCGCGUAGUACAGAAUCGCUCAAGGACCUGGACUGCGCCAUGAUCUCCGGUGCUGAAGCCGUCACCCACCCGUCUGCCACUGCCUCUCUCGUCAACGUCGCUGCUACUACUGCCUCGAGCUCCAGAAUUGGUCACGCCUGGGAAGGGGACGCCUCGGCUACAGCCUCUACCUCAAGACUUCCCCCCACAUGGGAGGGCGAGGCCGAUUUGGGCGAUAUGCGGAACAUGAGGUCGCCACCUCGUGACCCGCUCCUCCGUCGCAUCUCGACCAACAUCAAGGCGCGUGUCAGAGGCGCUUCCACGCCGUCCCCACCCAUGCUGGACGUCCGUGACCCGGCACCGCAGCCGACUGACUGGCCCCUCCAGGAGUCCUCGACUCCACUCACCAACUCGCUGUCCUCGAGCGACACGUGGAGCAGCACAGCCCCUUCGGCCGACAUCUACCCUCCCAACCGCAACACGCGUCUACCCAGCUUGACUGACGUUGGCAGUGUGCGCUCCAUGCGUGACAUGGAAGUGGUGCAGCGUGAUAUGUCUGCCGAGGACUUUGCGAGCGACCAGGGUGUCUUGGAGAGGCUGGCUCCCAGCGCCACCAACAGCGAGGUCUCGGUCCUUGGUGUUGGCUUCCCGCCCAUUCACAGGGCAUCUAGGGUGACCAGCAUCCCACUCUCGAGUGACCUGGGCUUGGACGAGUUUGGACCGACGUCCCCCGUGCUUUCGCCCAACACGACCCCACUCGCCACUCCUAGGCGUCCAGAACUCUUCCUCGCACCAAAGGUCACUCCCCAGACGCCCAGCCGCCGCCAUGUGUCUGAGACCCAAGCGAGCCCUCAGACAAGCCCACAGAUGCGCACACCAGUCGCCCCGCGGUACACCUCGUUCACGCACAUGACUGCUCCACUGUUGGCGCCUGAACCCGAGUCGCCACCACUGGCAGACCUCCGUCCUCCCUCGUCGCCCUCUACCUCUGCCGCCGAGUCAAGCUCGUACGCCACGCCGAUGGGAUCCCCUGAAAUCUCCACCACGCUCUUACCCAUGUCGUCGUCCACGUCGACCAUCCCGUCCACACCUCCGUCGCUGCGCACCUCGUCGAGCAGGCACACCCUCAACCUCACACCGAGCAAAGUGCAUACCCCGGGCCACACACCAAACUUGUCCACCUCGUCAGCGCCCAGCAGCGUGUCCAAGUCGCGCACACCGAGCCACAACGCAAUGUCCGGCGCGGCCGCUGCCGCUUGGGCUCCGCUGCGCACCCCCAACCGCCGUGGCGUGGGUGACAUUGUCAACUCGAUCAACAAGCGCGGUGGCGGCAUCCCCAGUCAGUUCACCGGAUCGACCCCCGCUUCACCCACCGCGGGCGGAAGCGCCACUGCCUCGCCCGUGAGCGGGUUGACCAGCCCCACCGCUCUGCGGAGGAUGCAGUUUGAAUCGGGAUCCGGCGGCGCACUCGUCAGCCCGACCGCACUGCGCAAGAUGCAGUUUGAGACGGCUACGAGAAGUCCCCUGCGGGUCGCCAACCCAGACAAGUCGCCUGAGAAGACGCCAUGA